AUUGUUUGAACCCAGGAGGCAGAGCUUGCAGUGAGCCAAGAUCGCGCCAUUGCACUCCAGCCUGGGCGACAGAGCGAGACUCCGUCUUAAAAAAAAAAAAAAAGAAAGAAAGGGGGGCCCCAGGAGAGCUCCGUCCCACCCAGCAGGCGGAGGCGGGGCAGGGCAGAGUGCUCCCCCCGCCCCCCGCUUCCUCCCCGAGGGCCCCCGGAGCCCAGCUCAGCCUCAGUCCCUGCGGCUUGUGCGGCGGCGUCGGCACCAUGAGGCGAGGUCCCCGGAGCCUGCGGGGCAGGGACGCGCCAGCCCCCACGCCCUGCGUCCCGGCCGAGUGCUUCGACCUGCUGGUCCGCCACUGCGUGGCCUGCGGGCUCCUGCGCACGCCGCGGCCGAAACCGGCCUCGCCCCCCUCCGCACCUCCCCGUCCCCGCCCCUCCCUCCCCUCGGCCCCCUGGCCUCCCUCCCUGUCCCCUCCCGCAGCAGCCGGGGCCAGCAGCCCUGCGCCCAGGACGGUGCUGCAGCCGCAGGAGUCGGUGGGCGCGGGGGCCGGCGAGGCGGCGCUGCCCUUGCCCGGGCUGCUCUUCGGCGCCCCCGCGCUGCUGGGCCUGGCACUGGUCCUGGCGCUGGUCCUGGUGGGCCUGGUGAGCUGGAGGCGGCGACAACGGCGGCUUCGCGGUGCGUCCUCCGCAGAGGCCCCCGACGGAGACAAGGACGCCCCAGAGCCCCUGGACAAGAUCGUCAUUCUGUCUCCGGGAAUCUCUGAUGCCACAGCUCCUGCCUGGCCUCCUCCUGGGGAAAACCCAGGAACCACCCCACCUGGCCACAGUGUCCCUGUGCCAGCCACAGAGCUGGGCUCCACUGAACUGGUGACCACCAAGACGGCUGGCCCUGAGCAACAAUAGCAGGGAGCCGGCAGGAGGUGGCCCCUGCCCUCCCUCUGGACCCCCAGCCAGGGGCUUGGAAAUCAAAUUCAGCUCUUCACUCCAGCAUGCACAUGCCUUCUUUCUGGGACCAGUCUAACCCUGCAGAAGCACAGACACUACAGACCACAGCAUUCAGCCCCCAUGGAGUUUGGUGUGCUUGCCUUUGGCUUCAGACCACACCAUCUUUGACAGCCCUUGAAGGUGGUAGCCCAGCUCCUGUUCCUGGGCCUUCAAAACGCUGGGGCACUAUGAGUAAGAGACUGCUUUUAAAAUGGGGAAGGCACCAUUAAGCCAAAAUGAAUCUGAAAAAAGACCAAGUGGGAGGAUGCCUAAUUUGUAGUUGGGUGGUUUUUUGUGCUUGUUUGAUUUUUUUUUUUUUUUUUUUUUUUUUGAGAUGAGUCUUGCUCUGUCGCCAGGCUGGAGUGCAGUGGCGCGAUCUCGCCUCACUGCAAACCUCCGACUCCUUUGUUCAAGCGAUUCUCCUGCCUCAGCCUCCGGAAUAGCUGGGAUUACAGGCAUGCACCACCACAGCCAGCUAAUUUUUGUAUUUUUAGUAGAGACGGGGUUUCACCAUGUUGGCCAGGAUGGUCUCGAUCUCCUGACCUCGUGAUCCGCCCUCCUCGGCCUCCCAAAGUGCUGGGAUUACAGGCAUGAGCCACCGUGCCCGGCCUUGUUUUGUGUUUUUUUUUUUUUUUUUGAGACAGGGUCUUGCUGUAUCAUGCAGGCUGGAGUGCAAUGAUGGGUCCCCAGCUCAUUGCAGCCUGGGCUCAAGCAAUCUUUCUGCUUCAGCCUCCUGAGUAGCUGGGACUACAGGUGCUCCACCUUGCCCAGCUAAUUUUUUUUUUUUUUUUUAAAGACAGGGUCUCGAUAUGUUGCCCAGGCCAGUCUCAAAGUCCUGGCCUCAGGCAGUCCUCCCCAAAGGGCUGGGAUUAUAGGCAUGAGGCGCCGGGCCUGGCCUCUAUUUCCUUAAUACCUGCCCUCAGAGCCGUCCUGCUUUUAAACUGCUGCAAAUGGCAGCAGUGAAUAAUCAAUUCAUGGGUUUGCUUGCUUUGGGAUUUAGUACAAGAUUAUUUUAAGAAAUAACACAGGAGAAAAGACUGAGCUGGAUUUUGCUGAUUCUCAGGUAUCUGUACCCCAGGGUCAACCCUGAGAUUGGCCCAAUCUGCCAGAACCUAAGAUGCCAUUUUGACCCCAGUGGCAGCUUCCAGAGCCACAAGCCUGCAUUUGGGACGAGGUGCGCAGCCUCCAGGGCUGGACUCCAAACUCAAGCUGAAGGAACAUGCUAGCAGGCAGCUCUCUCAGGGUCCACCUGGGGUUCCAGCUGCUCCAAGACACAGCAUAUUCAGCCAUAAACACGGAAGGGCUGGAAUCUACAGGAGGCUCCUUUGUGUAGAGGCCAGGGCAGGCCUGUGACCUGGAACCAGGUGGACAUGAGGUCCCUUGAACUCCCUUCUCUCUCUGGCUUGUUCCCCUGAAGCACUGGCCCCCCAGUGCUGGGCUCAUUUGGCCAUCUUGUGCCAGCCCCCUGGUCACCCACUGUCGCAGUGGAAGCUGCUCCCUCCUCCUACAAUGGUGUUCCUUGCUGUGGGGUCUGGGAACAAGACUGUCUUUUUCCACUCCUGGACGACACUAUGCACUCAGUCAGCCGCCUCAUGCCUGCCCUCCUGCACAGGGUCAGAACCUCCUGACCCAGACUCCGCCCUGGGCAGCUUCCUUGGAACUUGUUGCAGCUUAGCAUCUUUGGAAGGGAGCACUGGACUAGGAGUCAGAAGGUGGAGUUCCGGGCACUGUUUUUCUACUCUUGGGCCCUGGGCAUGUUCUGUUCCGUGCAUCAGAUGUUUUCUGCCUGCCUCCCCGAGCUGCCACCAGAGCCACCUGUAGACCCCUGCUUCUCCUGCCCCUCCUGUCCCUUGCCAGGCCUCUGGACUCAGUGCUUCCUAUCCCAAGGACCUGUUGUGUGCCCAGCUCAGAAGACAGUGGCCACUCACAUCCAGGUCUCUGCCUGGCUACUUGCUCCAUGAAUCCAUCUCAGAUGCCCCUACCCCCAGGGAGCCAGGUGACAGGGUGAGGUCAAGUGAUAAGCAGUAGGUGUGGGAGAGGGUUGGUGGGGUCAGGCCCACAUGGGCCCAGCCAUCCACUCUCCUUCCAUCUGGGGUUGGGGGAGUCUGAGCUGCUUCUGGCCACCCCAUCUGCCCCACCCCAUCUUCUCCUGGCCACCCCACCUCCCAUCCCAUCUUCUCCUGGCCACCCCAUCUUCUCUUGGACACCCUGUCUCCCACCCCAUCUUCUCCUGGCCACCCCAUCUUCUCUUGGCCACCCCAUCUCCCCCACCCCAUCUUCUCCUGGACACCCCCAUCUCCCACCCCAUUUUUUGCUACAGCAAGCGUUAGCUCAGCAGGUGAAAACCCCAAGGGUGGGUGAAACCCCUCUGGGGCUCAGACAUGCAAACCUUGGGCAUCUCUCUGUCCCAGCUGGCCCCGCCAGCCGGUAGGAAGUUUCCCCUGAGUUCUCAGUUUUUUCUUCUGAAAAAUGAGGGGUUGUAUGCGAGGUUCUCCUCCCGGCCUGUGGUCCCCAGAGAAGGACAGGAAGGAACCUCAGAUAAUUCUCAUACGCAUUUCACAGAUGAGGAAACCGUCACAUCAAUUCCUCAUUUGAUCUUCAUAAGAGCACCUGGAGGAGGGGGUGGGGUGUUUGUGUUUGUUUAAAUUUUUUUUUGUGAAAAAAAUGAAGAUAGGCAUUUUGUAGACAAUCUGGAAGUGCUGGACCGGAAUCCAUGAUGUAGUCAGGGAAGAAAUGACCCGUAUCCAGUAACCCCAGCCUCGAGUGUGUGGUGUAUUUUUCUACAUAAUUGUAAUCAUUCUAUACAUACAAAUUCAUGUCUUGACCAUAUUAAUAUUUGGUAAGUUUCUCUCUCUUUAAAGACUUCACAAUAAAGUUUUCAACAUGGUAAGGUUUUCCA